AUAUUUGAUAUUUUGCCGACACAUGGUCAUCUGCAACCUGGGGAUCAGCAGGCAGUCACGUUCUCUUUCUACGGCCACGAAAAUAUCAGCAGACAGGUGGUCGCGCAGUGCCAUGUAGAGGACGGGCCUACAUAUGAAAUCAUUCUCAGAGGACACGCAUCAGAAAUCAGCUACACCCUUGACACCACCCAUUUGGACUUUGGCCAGCAGGUGCGUAUACAAGGCACCUUAAUUCUUACGUUUCUUACGGGUGAAGUUGAUGUAACCCUGACAAAUACGGGCAAGGUGGGCUUCAAAUACAGUAUACACCCUCAUAGAGAGGAGGAGGAUGAAGGGGUUGCAGAGGAGUGUUAUAGUGACGUGUUACAGCAGGCCAGAACAGCUGUGGAGAAAGAUGGAGUCAAAGAGAAGCUUAUAUAUGAAUUUACUGUUCAGGGAGGAGCAGCAACAGAGGCGACGCACACACUCACAUAUGAAGAUCUGCUUCACAUGGAAAUCGAACGAUUGUUGGUCAAAAAAAAUGCUCUUGCUGUGGCUAAUAACUUGCUGGAGACUGAAGAACCACAAGAGUCCUUCAGAAAGUGGAACAAGCUAAUAAAGUUCCAACUCCCAGAGUACAUUCUGGAUUUUGGUUUUGUCAUUCCUGGCAAAGUCGUGAGUCGUGCUGUGAAGGUCAGCAAUAAUGGAUCAAUACCUGUGUCUUUCCAUCCCACUAACAAACAUCUUGGGGACACAGGUUUCACAGUAGACUUUGAAAGCAUGAAGAACCAACCCCGUGAUGAGACGAAGAGUUUCACAGUUAAAUUUGACCCACAAGGAGUCAACCUGGAUUUGGGUUAUACGAGUGCUAUUCUCCCAAUCCAGGUCGCAGGUGGUCCAACGGUGCAAGUGCGACUGUGUGCAGUGGUAACCAUGCCAGCUGUCACAGUUUCCAGUGAUACGAUUCAAUUUGACACUCUGCAGUGUGGCAUGUGUCAGGUACACCAUGAUAACAAUGGAUGAUGACUCUGUGAAAGUUCUUUUCUCUUCCUAUUCUUUUCUCGUCUAAUAUUUAAUUUGAAAUACUUAGUAAGUCAAAAAUUGCUGUGCCUUGAAAAUAUUUUCCAAGGCACAGCACAUUUCCCCCAUUCUUUCUUCUAAUUCCACCAUAAUAAGCAAAAAGGCUUAUUAGGCUUAUUAAAACAAUACAAAAAAAAGAGUACAAACAAUAUUUGUAGUGUAUACAAAAUUAUUACAAAAAUCAAGCAAACGAUAAUAGCGAUUCAGUUUCACCAUCUAAGUGUAUAAAUAAGGCUCAAAU